UAUUAUUACGAUUUGUUUCGUCAAAAAAGUGAAAUGUUUUGGUUUUGCAAUUUCUAACAAAAUACUGCUGAAAAUGGGAGAAAAACCGGGUGAAAAAGCUUUAAUUGCUAUGAAAAGUAUGAGCAAAAGUGUGGCAUCCUUCAAAGUACCAAAAGUGCCUAAAGAAAAGAUUGUCAAAGCAAAAAUUCUCACGGAGGACAAAUAUGUUGAGGAACUUGGUAAAAUUAUCCAGAGGGAUUUCUUUCCGGACCUAGAGAAACUCAAAGCACAAAAUCAGUACCUGGAUGCUGUGGAGAAGAAUGACAUGGUGAAGCUGAGGGAGCUGUAUGAGAAGUACAGUGGACGUAGACCAAAUCAGACGGGAUCUGAGAGUCCUGCGACAUUCGAGACACCUGUGAAUCGUCCGGAUGCAACGCCAGUGACGAGUUCGAGGAAAUCGACGGUAAGUAUGAGUGAAUCUGUCCAGGAGAGCCGGGAGGAAGAUCAAAAAAUCUCGGAGAAACACAGUCUGGAUACAUUCCUGGACACAUACACAAGUGAGGAUAAUCAGAGUUUUCAGGAGAUCAUUGAGAAGGCUGAUCAGAAAUUGAGGCAGAAAUUCGAAGUUCUGUACAAACAGGAAAAAGUUCAAGCUCUGGAGAUGGCCAAGAGAUUAGCUCUGCCGCCAAUUGAGGAGCAAUUUGAGGCGAAUGAGGGAGUGAAAAAGGUGGAUAUGUGGACUUACAGGAACAAAAACUUCAUCAUGUACGUGCCAGACGGAGUGGAACUGAGCAAGGAGGAGCAAAUUGAAAUAGCCCAGAAGAAGCAGGAAAUUGUCCAUGGAAAUACUCGCUUAAUUGAAAAUCCAUUCAAUGAGCAGCAGAGCAGAGAGACAAUCUCCCAAAUGGCCAAGAAUCAGCAGCAUGUUCUCGAGGGAAAAGUCGAUGUAGAUGGGAAUGUUCUGAACACAGAAGCUACUCCACAAAUCCGUGGAUUUAGCUUUGUGAGGACACCAUCACCAUGUCCGGGAGUCAGUGAGAGUCCCCUGAUGACCUGGGGUGAGAUCGAAGGAACACCCUUUCGACUCGACGGCGGAGACACUCCCCUGCAUCUGACCUCAACGCCAGCCUUCAGGAUUGCCGAGACGCCCAGACGCGAGGCAAUUGCCCUGGAGCUGGCUGAGAGAGCUGGAGAGCGUCUCCGGGGCCAGAAAGCACGUGCAAUGGAGGCUGCACGACGCAAUAUUGCAUCACCCUAUGCGAGAUCUGCCCUGGAACGUCUCGCCACAAUGUCGCCAGCUGCUAAGCGACUGGCAUCCUCGAGAUUCGGUCUAACGCCAUCUCCGACCAGAAAGAAUCCCACAACACCCAGAAUUGCCCGGCAGAAAGCCACACCAUCGCCUCUGAUCAGGAAGAAGACUCCACGGAUAUCCGCCACGGUUGCUCAAACAGCCAAAUCACCAGAAAAGCAAAUACUAACUGAUGAUCUUCUCAAUAUUCCAACCCAAGUCAAAAGGAACAAAGCCGCAGACUUUUUCUAAAGUUGUAAAUAUUUGUAUUGAAUUUAUCAAAAGACCAGAGAAAAUUAAAAAAAAAGAUAAAAAAC